UGGAGGAAGAUGCACCUCAGGUGCUCAAAAAGCCACUUUAUCUUGACCCUGCUAUUCGCUCGGUAUUCCAACAAGUCACUUUCCUCAAUUUCAUUUUUUGAGCAUGGACGAUUAUGCAAGAGAAAUGAUGGAUUUGAAAACGCUGGUUACUCGUACACUCGAGAAGAAGGGUGUUCUCGCUAAGAUCCGUGCUGAGCUAAGAGCUAACGUGUUUGAAGCAAUUGAAGAGGAGGAUAGGGUGAUUGAGAAAGAUGAAGGUUUACCUCCGGCACUAUUGGGUAGUUGUAAUGAUCGUGCAAAACAACUUCAUAACUCUCCUUCAGGAAGGCUUCUAACUUCAUUGAUAUGUGAAUAUUUGGAUUGGGCUCAAUUGAACCACACACUGAAAGUCUUCAUGCCGGAAUGUAAUUUGCUAAAGGAUUCCUGGAUAUCUGAAUUGCAAGAAUUUAGCAUCAAGAAUGGAUAUGAUCUUAAUAGGAAUGGAGAUGGUGCUCCUUUUCUUUUGGGUGUGCUUGAAGGCUUUUUGAAGUAUGAGAAUUUAUCUCAAGGAAGGGGUAUCGAUAGGAGAUUAAACACUUCAGAUGCCGAAUCUCUAUCCUACUUGGAAGCUCGAAAUAUUCGGAGACCAUCUUCAUUAACAGUUGCUGGGGGUUUACCUCCACUGGGAAGGGCUGUCCCAGCUUCCCAGGCAUCUGAACGAAGAGCUGGGUCAUCCAUGUCUGGCUAUAGGAAAGAUGAAUAUAAUUGGAGAUACAACAAUGAUGAGCUUCCAGAUGAUGUAGUUCGUGCUUCCUCUGCCUUAGAAAACCUUCGGCUGGAUAGGAAAGCUCGAAACCUAACCUCUUCUUGGCGUAGCAGAAUGAUGAAUGGGAAUUCAAGCAUAAAUUGAAGUUUACGAAUUUACAAACUUUGUAAAUGUAACUCACAACUUGAAGACGCAUUCUCAUCAGUCGAUCCUAUACACAUGGACAAUGUGCGUACAUUUGUGAUUCUGCACUUGUAUGAUAUAUUAUAGAACCUACAGGUUUCGAACACUCUUUGGCAUGUGGCCUAUAUUUCUUCCCUCAUAUUUUGUCGCACUGAAGAUAUAAUUAGAAUAAGUAAUUAUGGACACAUUUGGUAUGAUUUGGAAGGAAAUAAUAAUCUCAGGGCACUGGCAUGUAUGUUAAGCUUUGGGGCUUACAAGAAAUUUUUUCUUGUACUGUGGAAAGAGGAGAAAUAACUAGCUAGCCUUAUUCCUGAUAAACUUGGAGUUCGUGUUUCAAUCUUUUCCAUUACCGUGUCAAUAGAUAGUCACGUUCACUGUCAAUGACUAUAUUUGUUAACAUGUAAUGCACUUGGCUGG